AUGGUUUGGGAACUCUCAAAGGGGCAUCUCCGACUCCGUAAAUGGGCCCGAAAUUUUGAUCCUUUUAAAGAGAACUCUCCUUUGGCGAAUGUUUGGGUUCGCAUACACUAUCUGCCAAUUGAGUAUUGGAAUCCACAGGUGAUCUCCGGGAUUGGACGGUUUUUGGGUCAUCAUUUGAAGAUUGAUAGAGCGACGGUGGGGCGCGAAUUUGGGCAAUUUGCACGCAUACUAGUUGAAAUGGAUAUGUCUCACAAUCCCCCUUCUUCUCUUCUGAUUGACCGCGGGGAUAUUUCAUUUUACGUUGAAUUUGUCUUCGAAAAUUUACCGCUCUACUGUGAUAGUUGCAAAAUAACUAGUCAUGCACAGGAUACGUGUCGGAAAAAAAGACGUGUAGAGCCGGCCUCUAAGAUCGACUCUACGACUGUUGAAGGCGUGCCUGAACUACCAGAUCCGAAGACACUGCCUGGCACUGAGUGGCAGGUUGUUGAGAGGGGAAAGAAGCACGUGGCUUCAACGGAUCUGGCCACCGGGGCGCAACAGCGUUCUCCGGGGAACUCCUUUGCUAUUCUUUCGACGGAAGAGCAAGAAAUACAGCAAAAGCAGCUACAACUCCAGGUUGUUUCGGCGGUUCAGGAGCUGCGGCCUCAUAGUCCUAAUUUGCCAGCUGCGGCGACGGCUCCGGAUGACAAGGGGGAUGAUAUUCAGUAG